AUGGAGAAUGGACCUCUGAAUCUACCCCUGAAAGACUACAGGAGGCCAGAGGAGAGUUGUGUGUCACGGCCAGAGGAGCUGCCCCCAGUGCUGACCUUGCUCCCAGACAACAUCCUUCAGGUUUUACGUCACCAGCUGCUUCAGUGCGUCCAAAAGGCUUCAGACGGUCUGGAGCCAGAGCAGCAGAACCUCGCUCUGCUCCUCCUCAAGUUCCUCAUCCUCGUGUGCAGGAAUUUGUCCAAUGUGGAGGAGAUCGGCACCUGCUCCUACAUCAAUCACAUUAUCAACAUGACCACCCUUUACAUUCAGCAGUUGAAAAGUAAGACCAAAGAGAAGGAAAUGGUGGACCAGAGCCAGGCUGAAGAGUUUGUCCGUCACGCUUUGGCUUUCUGUGAGAGUCUGUACGACCCAUAUCACAACUGGAGGCACCGGACCAGCGGGGAGCAGGUUGGGACGGUGGAGCGGAGCAGACAGAAGUACAAGGCAGCACCUCUCACUGUGGAGUUUGUUCCUUUCUUUUAUCAGUGCUUCCAGGAGAGUGAGCAUCUGAAGGAGAGUUUAAAGUGCUGUUUGCUUCACCUCUUUGGGGCCAUAGUAGCAGGAGAUCAG